CCUGAGGAGGCGCCAUCGCGGCGAUGGGGCAGCCGAGGUGCAGGUGUAGGGUGCGACGCGCGCGGUCCGCGUGCCCCGGGGCGGCGCUGCGGGCGCCGGGCGUAUGCGGGGGCUGUAGUCCGCCGCCCUGUCACUCAGGCCGGGCCUGUCGCGCACUCCCCAUGCGCUGCGCGCUUCAGCUGGUGACAGGUCGGGUGCGUGGGGCUUGCCCCACGCGCGUCACCGUCCUCUGGGGCAGGGGCGAGAACGCCGCGCCCGGGUCGCCCGUCCGAGCCCGAACUUUCCCCAAGCGCGCACCCCUAUCGGUGGGGCGGACCUGAGCGCGUCCCACCCAAGGUCGCCCAGCUCCACUCGCGUUUACUUUUCAAAGGUCGUGUGUACCCAGUCGGAGCCCAAAGGGGCGAGGCGGCUGUGGGGCAGGCAGUAGGCAGAGCCGGGCGCCCCGAGGGCAAGGAGGUCUCCCUGUCCCCCCUCCCCCCCAGAACGCCCUUCUGCCGAAGGAUUGGAGUUUGAUGGGUCGCUUCCGAAGCCUCUUGUAACUUCUGGGCUCCGUGGGCUCGUCUCGGAUGGCGACGGUGGCAAAUUCGACCACCAGGCGUGAGCACUCCACACCUCCAGGAUGGCAGUCCAGUUCCGUUCACUCUUCCCCUUGGCAUUGCCUGGAAUGCUGGCGCUCCUUGGCUGGUGGUGGUUUUUCUCUCGUAAAAAGCAGCAGGUCAGCAGCAACAAAGAGCAGGCAGAGUCUGGUGCUGUGGCAUUAAGUGCUGGCCCUACCACCAAGGAACCACUCCCUACAGAAGAGGCUUGUUCCACAGUUGUGUCUGUGCCCCUCAGUGUCACUCAGCUGCCGAGAAACAAAGAGUCUGCUCCAAGCAAGCCUUCAACGGAGCCCCCAGCCCCGCUGUGGAUGCACCUGCCCCAUCACAGGUCAGAGUCCUCGGGCAGCCUGCAGAACACCACUGACGUGAGGUCCCAACCAGGAACGCGCAAGGACAACACCACAAAGGUGGAACUAGCUGUGAUGGGUGACAAGGCCAAGCCUGUCCCUCUGGGGUGUCCCCUCACAUUCCCAAAAGAUCUACUGUUCUCCCAAGAGGCGGCCGAGGUGUGUAAGCAGGAGCCCACCCUCAGUGGGAUGCCCACCACAGAGAAGCGUGGCGCAGGGGAGAAGGCGAGAGAAAGAGAGAUGGGCGGGACCGAGGGGAACGGCGAUGCAGUGCUGGGGGAAACAGUGCUUGCAAAAGGUCUGCUGCCCCAGGAGCGAGCCUUGGACCCCGAGAAUGGCAAGGCUUUCGGCCUGGCCCCCUCAGGUGGCAAAAUAGCGAAGGGGAGUGGUAGCCUGCCGCUGGUGGUUGGGCCUGUCAGGGCCCUCCCGAAAGAAGAGUACCCACUUGGGAAGCUGCCCGGUGUCCUCGUGCAGUCAGCGAAGGAGGAGGCAACACAGACACCCUGGGUCACAAGUGGCAACGCCAGGGAUAAAGACCCAGUAGGAGAACUGGGCAAAGAGGAGGCCUUGGAUGAAAAUGAGAAGCUUGAACAGGCUGCCUUCCAAAUCAUCUCCCAGGUGAUCUUAGAAGCCACUGAAGAGGUCCUGGCCACCACGGACCAGGCUGCGGCCAAUCAGCCCCAAGGACGAAAAGAGGAGGAGAACUGUGCCCCAGUCAGCCAGGAAACUCUCAUGGGGCGAGACAUCAUAGAACCUACUCUCGCCACAGCAGGGGCAGCUGCCAGCUCACAGGACACUGCCCUCCCCUCUCCAGGCCCACUGGCAGCAGACCUGCCACCACCAAAGACCUACGUGAGCUGCCUGAGCAGCCCUCUGUCCAGCCCCACCAAGGACAGGAAGCCAAAGAACUCCGCACACCCCAUCUCCCUGGCCCCUUGCCCAGCGCCGGACACCCCCCUCAGAGAGUCACUGGAUCAGGCCAGCAGCUUGGCGGGAGAUGCCACCUGUGUCACCUGCAUGUUGGACAAGAGCCAGAGUGUGUCUCCCGUGACCACCUCGGGGCAGUGCUCAGAUUCUGUCAGCAUGUCAGGGCUCGGAGACUCUUGCACAGAGACCAACUCAAGCCCCAAGGACAACAACAGGACCCCACCGCUGCCAGCCAGUACUCAGCCCUUCAGCAAUGGGGUGCUGAAGGGGGAGUUGUCAGAUGUGGGGACUGAGGAUGGAUGGAGCGUGGAUGCAGAAGCAGACCACUCGGGAGGUUCUGACGCGAACAGUAUGGAUUCAGAGAACUGCUGGGAGCGCAGGAAGACUGAUGACCUGCAGAACGCCCAGGCCGGUUCCAAUCCCAAGAAGGUCGACCUCAUCAUAUGGGAGAUUGAGGUGCCAAAGCACUUAGUUGGCCGGCUAAUAGGCAAGCAGGGCCGGUACGUGAGUUUCCUAAAGCAGACCUCUGGUGCCAAGAUCUACAUCUCAACCCUGCCUUACACCCAGAACAUCCAGAUCUGCCACAUAGAAGGCUCUCAGCAUCAUGUAGACAAAGCUCUGAACUUGAUUGGGAAGAAGUUUAAGGAACUGAACCUCACCAAUAUCUACGCUCCCCCGUUGCCUUCACUGGCGCUGCCUUCUCUACCCAUGACAUCCUGGCUCAUGCUGCCUGAUGGCAUCACAGUGGAAGUGAUCGUGGUCAACCAAGUGAAUGCCGGGCACCUGUUCGUACAGCAGCACACACACCCCACCUUCCAUGCACUGCGCAGCCUGGACCAGCAGAUGUACCUGUGUUACUCUCAGCCUGGAAUCCCCACCUUACCCACCCCAGUGAAGAUCAUGGUCAUCUGUGCUGCCCCCGGUGUGGAUGGGGCCUGGUGGCGAGCCCAGGUGGUGGCCUCCUAUGAGGAGACCAACGAGGUGGAGAUUCGAUACGUGGACUACGGCGGAUAUAAGAGAGUGAAAGUGGAUGUGCUCCGGCAGAUCAGGUCUGACUUUGUGACCCUGCCAUUCCAGGGAGCAGAAGUCCUUCUGGAUAGCGUGAUGCCCCUGUCAGAUGAUGACCACUUUUCACCUGAAGCAGAUGCAGCUAUGAGCGAGAUGACGGGAAAUACAGCUCUGCUCGCCCAGGUGACAAGUUACAGUCCGACUGGCCUCCCUCUGAUCCAGCUGUGGAGUGUGGUUGGAGAUGAAGUGGUGUUGAUAAACCGGUCGCUGGUGGAGCGAGGCCUUGCACAGUGGGUGGACAGCUACUACUUGAGCCUCUGACCCUGCUGGUGCUGCUGCUUGAGUCUUUGCACUGUUGAGACUGGGUGUGGGACUCAAGGCAAAGCUGCAAGCUAGGAGUCACCAGUCAUCCUCUCGGGUCUUCUUUUCCCCAUUCUGGGCACCACCAAGAACAUAAUUCCUUUCCGAAGAAAAGGGACUCAGCUGUGGGUUCUUUACAAAGCCAUAGGAUAUUUUGCCAAGAGCCGGCUGGCUUAACUGCUCUGAGUGUCUCCUAGGUUGCCCUCACCCCUCCACUCCGUCCCCUCUCGUCCACCUGCCCCUCCUCUGCUGGCGCCCCCAGGCUGCAGCAGCAGGCCAAGGUGUGUGGCGCAUGCAGAGGUUUCUCGGACUUCAGUCUUCCUCCAGGGAGCAACCAUGAACUGACUGACUGGCAUCAGUUUCCUUGUACGGCUUCCAUAAAUGGUUCGAUGGCAUUCAAUUAGUUUUUAUGCCCUUCCUCGGUUUCUGGGAACCCAGACUUUUUAAUGCAGAUGUAAAUAUGAAAUGAUUGUCACACCUCUGGCCCUGGUCAGCGGGGAGGGGAACAGUGAUCUUGCCAAGCCUGAUUGUAAUUUUUGUAACCAUUUUAUACUUGUGCAAACUGUAAAUAUGUGAUAAAGAAAUGUAAUAUUUUGUACAAGAUACACUGGAGAACAAAGGGAACUCAAAGUUUUCCAUACACCUCACCUGUAAGAAGUGAGUCGUAGCACGUACCAGCCCAUCCCAGCUCCGCCUGCCGGGGAAGGCGCAUUCUGUGCACCAGACAGGGUGACCACAUGGCAUAAGCCAUCAUCCGGGAAGUUUUUGCUGUACACAUUCAACAAAAAAAAAAAAAAGAAAAAAACAUUGAAUUAACUUGGAAUGGUGUGUUUGAUUUUUUUUUUUUUUUUUUUUUUUUUUUUUUAAGACUGGCUCCAGCAUUGUGCAAUUUAGGAAUAAUUUAACUUGAACUUAUAUAAACCUCAAAUUGUAUAAACUGUA